ACAGAAAAUCCCGUCCUCUUUAUCUGCGAUAUUCAGGAAAAGUUCCGCCAGGCGAUCUGGGAGUUUCCGAAAGUGAUCACCACGAGCCAAAAGAUGGUCAAAGCAGGUAUGUAGGUGUUUGCUAUAGCGAACGGAUCAGGUACUCGAGCCCACAUACAUGCAAACACCGCACGGCAAUUCCAUCUUCCUACUCUUGACACCGAUAUCAACGGGGAGUGCUGAACAUCCCACGCCGUCUCGGAUGUACAGUAUGCUCGUAGUCGCUCCAUCAAGCAACUCAAGAGAAAAAGAGUUCCUUUCCCAUUCCCGCAGUUCCUGCUGCUCUUGCUACUGUCACAUUAAUCUUCCCUUCCCACUAUACGUCUCUCCAUCCAUUCGUCCAUAUAUCCGUCCACCACCAUCGUUCCACCGAUCCAAACACACCCUACCUACCUACCUAACUAACUCCAUCCCCUGGGUGUUCUACAGCCAACAUCCUCAAUAUCCCAAUCUACAUAACAACCCAAAACGCCGCGCGUCUCGGCCCAACCGUAUCCGAACUCACAGACCUAUUAUCCCAAUCCUCCGAUUCCCAAUCCUCCGAUCGCCCCGAAGAAAUCGACAAAACAGCAUUCAGCAUGCUCGUCCCCGACCUAUUGCGACGUCUACCUGAACAAUCUCAGACCCAAUCUCAACCCCCAUCCCAAGUUCGAACGUCAUCGUCUCCGUCCCACCGUCUCAGCAUCAUAAUCACCGGCAUCGAAACCCACAUCUGCGUGACCCAAACAGCUCUCGACCUCCUCGACCGCGGCCACAGGGUCUACAUUCUCCA